AUGGCGAUUCCCUGUGCAAGUGGUCACCCUACUUCUCCAAUAUUUACACCCACCACCACUGGAGACAUGGAGAAUCCUGUGAACUCCUGUGAACGCCACAGAAACUGUGGAGGCAGCAAGGAGCCAGGACAGCCACCUCAGCCUUGUAUCCACCAGUCAAAAGGAAAUGGGAAACAACAGACAUGGAUCACAGAAGUUAUCCUGCUGGGCUUCCAGGUUGACCCAGAACUUGAAGUUUUCCUCUUUGGGUUCUUUCUGCUAUUCUGCAGUGUCACCCUGCUGGGCAACGGGGUCAUCCUGGGGCUCAUCUGCCUGGACUCCCGCCUACACACCUCUAUGUACUUCUUACUCUGAAACCUGGCCAUCAUUGACAUGUCAUAUGUCUUGACCACUGUUCCUAAGAUGCUGGCAAAUCUGGUGACACACAGGAAAACCAUCGCCUUUGGUGCAUGCAUCCUUCAGACUUUCCUGUAUUUGAUAUUUGCUGUCACAGAGUGCAUGUGUUUGCUGGUGAUGUCCUAUGAUCGGUAUGUGGCCAUCUGCCACCCCCUCCAGUACUCUCUCAUCAUGAGCUGGAGAGUGUGCACCAUCCUGGCUGCCAUGUCCUGGUUGGUUAGCUUCCUCCUGGCUCUGGUCUACAUUACUCUCCUCCUGAGGCUGCCCUUUUGUGGGCCUCAGAAAAUCAACCACUUCUUCUGUCAAAUCCUGUCAGUGUUCAGAUUGGUGUGUGCUGACAUUAGGCUCAAUGAACUUGUGGUCUUUGUGGGCUCCAUGUUUGUUCUAGUGGGGCCCCUGUGCUUGGUGCUGGUCUCCUACACACGCAUCAUCUGUGCCAUCCUGAGGAUCCAGUCUGGGGAGGGCUGCAGGAAGGCCUUCUCCACCUGCUUCUCCCACCUCUGUGUGGUCGGGAUUUUCUUUGGCUGCGCCAUUGCCAUAUACUUGGUCCCCAAAUCUCCCCACUUUCAAGAACAAAGGAAGAUGAUGUCAUUGUUUUAUAUGCUUUUUGACCCCAUGCUGAACCCGCUGAUCUACAGCCUGAGGAAUGCAGAGGUCAAGGGUGCCCUGUGGAGGCUUAUGGCUAGGAGGAGGUCCCUGGGAGGGAUGGUUGGGAGUAUUUUGAGUGUGUGAGCUGGUCCUCCUCAUGAGGGAAUCUUGAAUGCCCUUUUGAAUCUUUUAGUUUAACCAACCCAGGACUCUUUGUUUUUGGACUUGUUGGGAAAUGAGAAAAUAAUUCCUCUUCCUGUUUAUGCCAUUGAUAAC